GCGAUAAAUGUCCGUCCUCCCGCAUCUCUGCUGACAGACAAUCACAGUUCUGCUUUGCGUCGCUUCUGCGUUUGUUUUCUUCCAAAGUGGAAUGCAACUUAACUCAGACAACGUAUCAAGUUUUGUGCUUUAGAAGACUUUUUAUGGGUUUGUUCUUUCGUUGGACGUGCAUUUAGGUAUUUUUGCGUUAUGAAAAACAUAACUGGAGUUUUUGACAGCCUCAGUACAGAUAUGCAUUCAAACCAGAUUACCUCCAGCAGUUAUCACAGUCUGCACAAAUCCCAGGAAUCACCGACUCUUCCGGUCUCCACCGCCACCGACAGCAGCUACUAUAAUAAUAACCAGCAGGCCGGACAGUGCGCUGGCUCUCCGUACGACCAGAUCAGCUCUUACCAAUACCAGAACAACAGCAUGAACAGCGUUCAGUACAACACCAAAUCAUAUGAACUGGGCUUCGGCAACGCUUUUGGUCCCUACGGCACGUACGGCUCCUGCUCCUCACCAACUCCUGCAGAUGCUGAAAAAGAAGAAAGUGAACCUGAAAUUCGAAUGGUUAAUGGAAAACCAAAGAAAGUCAGAAAACCGCGAACUAUUUACUCGAGUUUCCAGCUGGCGGCCCUGCAGAGGAGGUUUCAGAAGACUCAGUAUCUGGCCUUGCCGGAGAGAGCUGAACUAGCCGCAUCUCUGGGCCUCACGCAAACACAGGUAAAAAUCUGGUUCCAAAACCGUCGUUCGAAGUUCAAGAAGUUGUGGAAAAGUGGAGAAAUCCCGCCCGAGCAGCAUGUGGCCUCCAGCGAGUCUCCACCUCACCACUCGCCGCCUCUCAACACGGCCUGGGACUUCGCGCAUAACCAGAGAAUGAACACUGUAAACUCUUUGUCCCAGAGCAGCAGCCCCCCGAACACAACUACCCCUUCAUUUCUGACAAACUACCCCUGGUACUCAUCCACGAACUCUGCGACCCAUCUACAGCCACCGCAUCAUCACAACACAACUGUUAGCGCCGGGACCAUAUUUUGACUCGACUGACUCAAAAAAGACUGGGGAAUUCAUUUUGUGAACUUGCAACAAAUGACUUUUAGGCCUGUUUUCCAGUCUGAAUUGUGAGACCUCUUCACCUUUGCCACGUUGAUCAUUGCCAGUGCGGUUUGGGCGUAACGCUGUUUCUCUUCAUGCAAUGUUGUCAACAAGCAGACACUAAAGAAUCAAACAUAUACAAUUAUUUUUGUAUUUAUUUAUUUUGUUCUAUGGGUGGUGGUACAUCAAUGGAUUAAACCCUACUAUGAUCCAAAGCCUAGAGAACUCACGUGGACAUUAUUGGAGUGAAUAUCACAGCAGGGUGUAAGAGCACAUGUAGCACAACCUGAAGCUGUUCGGUGCCUUUUGAAAAUAACUUAACUGUCCUUUCCCACCGUAAAUGUGUUUCAUGCGCCUGUCUUUAAUUUUAGACUUUAUGUUAGAUUUAUAUUUAGAAAGUAAGGUAAGUUGGGAAUUUGGUGUCCCUCUCCGCCCGUGUGUUCCACCGCGUCUAUUUAAUAAUGUUGUCAUUAUAGGAUAUCAUAUAGGGUUCUCACUGUUUUAAAUAAUACGGACAAAACACUAAUGAAAAACACUCCAAAGCUACUGAUUGUCCUAAAGCCAUGUUCACAUGUAAAAGGAUAUUUUCUCUGGAGUACUUUGUUUUAUUUAUUUUGAAAUCCGAAUGAACAUUUCUGCCACUAUAAUGAUUCAGACUUAUUUAAAUAAAAUGUUUCAUGUGAACGCAUUGUAUAUGUAUUGAUUCAUUUGGGGAUUUCGACUGUUUGUUGGGUUUUCAUUUUUAUUUUUUUGUAGAUUUGUCCACGCCUCCCUCUUUUUGCUUCGGCGCCAGUUAAGUCUCUAGUCUUUAAUAAGUCUGGCUGGAGACGCGAUGCAACGUCUUGUAAAAGUUUCACACAAAACCCACAAAUUCACCUUUUGUUGACUAACGUGACAGGUGUGUCCAGCUUACUCUGUAAAAAGUAGGUCAAGAGAGUUUAUGUAGCUUAACUUUUUUCGGGUUCAAAAAUAGCAUGAGCACGGUUCUCUCUCUCUCUCUCUCUCUCUCUCUCUCUCUCUCUCUCUUUUUUUUAAAUUCACUAAAGGGACAUGGUCUGACGUUCUUUCAAUUUUGGAGACAUAAAACUUAAAGACAAAGGUUCGGGGAGCCCGACAGAAGCGAGACGCGCUACAAAGCCUCGGGCUGGGAAUGAGCGCGCGAACACGCCCCGGCAUGAAGGCGUUCGGCUGGGUUCAGACUCUCUGGAGUCAGAGCUCUGCGCUCCAGACUUUUUAUGAAGUCAGCGCAGCCAAGAAAGCAUGCAGGCUCACAAAUGCCCCGAGCUAAACAACAUGGAAACAUUUUUCACAACUUCCACAACCCCACGCACAACACAAGGCCUUUGUUAUAGGGUCUCGGCUGCGUGUAGCCUACAUUAAUUUCCCAUGCAAUAUUACAAAGGAAAACUUGUUUAUUUGUUUAGAAGCUUUGUAGAAUAUAAAAUGCCGAUUACGUACAAGGGAAUCUGAGUGAUGCAACAUGCUCAAACUGGUACUGCAAUGAUGCAUGCACAUUUAGUGCAACAAGUUAAACAAAUAGCGCACACAAAUUAAAAGGUUUAAUCGCUCAAAUAAAAUUUUUGUUUUGCAACAACAUAUGGCCUACCGUGAUAAAAUUCAAUGUCACUUUAAAUUAAAUUACUGAUAAAGAAAACUGUAAACUCGAAAAAAAAAAAAAACAUGCUGUUUUGGACGCUAUUAUAACGAAGUUGUCCUGUUACUAAUUAUGUAUGACAAGUGGUACAGCUUCUCAAAUUAAAAGAUAAAUGUUUGAACCACACGUGGCUUAAUACCUAUUGUUCUUUUUGAAAUAAUAUAUAGGUAAGCAUGGUUGCUUUUCGUGUUACAUUAAUUUGUUUAUUUGAGAGUUAAAGCUGUAAAGAAUACAGAUGUAAUGAGGAUGUAUCCUGUCAGUGAUUGCCACAUUACAAGAUGUUAUGGUGUAGCCCCGGGCUUAGACUACGCCCGUAUUGAAAUGUGCCCCGCAGAGAUCCAGACUUUAUCCGUUCAGCAGAAUAAACACGAC